CCCUCUCUCUUUCUUUCUCGUCCCUCUUUCCGCUUGUCUACGCGGUUAACCCCAAACUCGUUGGCCAUCAGCGCGGAAUCCUCUUCUCAUUCGGCGCCAUUGUUCCUCGAUUAGAGAGGGAAGAGAGAGGAAUGGAAGGGUGUGGUACUUGUUAGUUGAUCUCCUUGCUCGAUCACGACUCAAUAGGUAAAGAAUGGUGAGAAGGAGAAGAGCCAUCCGACAUCCCCUUUUUGGACCCCAAAUUUCAAUUUCCGAGCCAUCUUCUUGAUGGGUUCAGGAGGAACCGCGAUCUCGCUUCCUCCAUGGAUUCCGAGAAGAACUGUUCGAAUUUGGAUGAGAAGUUGUCCGAGGAGGCUGGUAUCUUGGACCCCGAAGCCAAGAUCAUUGACUGGGAAGAGUUUCAGCAGGAGCUAGCCAGGUUAUGGAGUCUCUCUUCGGCCCUCAGCAACGCUGAGGAAAAAAAAGAGUCGCUCGUUCAGAUGCUGAACCCUCUUAUGCAGGUCCGGGCAGAGUCCUUAGAUAGAACAAAUGAGCUUGAGGAUAUGAAGCAGAAAUUGGAAACGAGGAAGUGGACAAUGGGAAACUUGUUGAUGAAACUGAAGAAUGCAAAGGAGGACUUGCAACUUAGGAAAGGAGAGCUAUCUGUUGAAGCUAGGUCACUUCUAGUCGCUGCAAAGUCACACUCUGCAGCUGUAAGGCAUUUACAAGAAGAGAACAUAUUGCUAGCUGGAGAAAUGGGACAUAAGCAUUUGAAAGAGGUGCAGAAGUUGUUGCGAAGAAGGCAUCAGCACAUGGUUAUGCAGAUUUCCACUAUUUAUCCUUUGAAGGUAUUAAAUGGAAGAGCACCUGACGUUGGGGUUAAUCAACCAUGCCCUAAUGGAGGUUCCUCAGGGGAUGGUGCUGCUUGUCCACCUGGUGCUUUAACACUUAAUAUGUCUGGGGAUGGUGCCAGUUGUCCACUUGAUGCGUCAACACAUAAUAACCCUGGUAAUGGGUCUCUCACUAUAUUGGGACUCCUACUAGUGGUUCCGCCCUUAAGAAAGUCAAGCUUUUUCAGUGAUAAGCAAGAGAUUCAGAGGACUGCUGCUGCCUUGGGUUAUGUUGCACAUUUUGUAUCGCUUAUUGCAUCAUACUUGGAGGUUCCUCUACGGUAUCCUUUACGCUUGGGAGGUUCACGCUCAUAUGUUCUUGAUCCUGCUCCUUCUGUUGAGCCUAUGUCAUCUGAUCCAGCUUAUUCUUCAACUGCAUAUUCCAGUCCAAAGCCUGCAGGGUUCCCCCUCUUUUUGGAAGGACAGGACACAACACGAUUUGCUUAUGCUAUAUUUUUGCUAAACAAGGACAUCGAGCAAUUGCUUAAUUCUCUGGGCAUUCAAAGUACAGGACCGCGAAGGGUGCUGGCCAAUUUGAAGGAGCUGUUGAGAUGCAUCCAGUCUCAUGAUUAUGUAGAUAACCUCAAUGUUUCUUUUCCAAGUUGACUUUUUCUGCUGGACUCUGUACCACUCUACUAUAACAUCCAGAGAAGGGUAAUUAGGCGGCAUUGGUGCGGCUUUUUUUUGUGGAGCACUUAACCAUCAUGCCCAUGUCAAGAGGUUAAAUUUUUUAAAGUCUUCGAGGGCUGUUGUUUUGUUGUAUUGCGGUAGAAGCAUUCUUGAAGAUAAUUGUGUAUAAAAUGCGACCAAACUGCUGCUCUUACAUAAUGAGCUUUCCAGUUUUCCAAGUUCAGUGUAGCAUAGAGCUUGGGAAUGGCAUUAAAACCGGAGGCAGCAUUUAGGGCUUCUUAAUGGUAUACAAGCUGGUUGUUUGUGUUGUAACCUUUUUUAUUUUUCGAAGUGGAAGCCAACUUACUGUAGAAUAUGAUAUACUAACUGGUUAAAUUAACAAAAAUUCAACGAUACAAGUGUA